AAAAUGACGAUGAUGACGACUGGAACCCAUGUAAAGCAGCAGGAGUUUGCCUCAUGCUCCUGGCAACCUGCUGCGAAGAUGACAUUGUUCCUCAUGUGCUGCCCUUUAUUAAAGAACACAUUAAAAAUCCAGAUUGGCGGUACAGAGAUGCAGCUGUAAUGGCUUUUGGGUGCAUUUUGGAAGGACCAGAGCCCAACCAGCUCAAACCACUAGUCAUACAGGCUAUGCCAACUCUAAUAGAACUAAUGAAGGACCCCAGUGUCGUGGUCCGAGACACGACCGCGUGGACGGUGGGCAGGAUCUGCGAGAUGCUCCCCGAAGCUGCCAUCAAUGACAUUUACCUCGCCCCCCUGCUGCAGUGUCUGAUCGAGGGCCUGAGCGCCGAGCCCAGGGUGGCCUCCAACGUGUGCUGG